CUUAGUGCCCUGUGCAGGUAGAAGAGGCAGAAUCUGCUUAGUCAGAGGUGAAAUAACAAUGAAUUCCAAACAUCAGCAUGUGGAACUAAAUGAUGGCCACUUUAUGCCUGUACUGGGAUUUGGCACCUAUGCACCUGAAGAGAUUCCCAAGAGUAAGACUACAGAGGCCACCAAAUUAGCUAUAGAUGCUGGGUUUCGCCAUAUUGAUUCUGCUUACUUGUACCAAAAUGAAGAGGAGGUUGGACUGGCCAUUCGGAGCAAGAUUGCCGAUGGUACAGUAAAGAGAGAAGACAUCUUCUACACUUCAAAGCUUUGGUGCACAUUCCAUCAACCACAGCUAGUCCAAUCUGGCUUGGAAAGCUCGCUGAAAAAACUUCAGUUGGACUAUGUGGACCUCUAUCUCAUUCAUGUACCUUUAUCCAUGAAGCCAGGGGAUGUGUCUAUUCCAACAGAUGAGCACGGGAAACUAAUAUGUGAUACAGUGGAUCUGUGUGCCACUUGGGAGGCCAUGGAGAAGUGUAAGGAUGCAGGAUUGGCCAAGUCCAUCGGGGUGUCCAACUUUAACCGCAGGCAGCUGGAGAUGAUCCUGAAUAAGCCAGGGCUCAAAUAUAAGCCUGUCUGUAACCAGGUGGAAUGUCAUCUCUAUCUCAAUCAGACCAAGCUGCUAAAUUUCUGCAAGUCAAAAGAGAUUGUUUUGGUUGCCUAUAGCGCUCUGGGAUCCCAAAGAGAGAAAAAAUGGGUGGACCAGAGCUCCCCGGUUCUCUUGGAAGAUCCAGUUCUUUGUGCCCUGGCAAAAAAGCACCAGCGAUCUCCAGCCCUGAUUGCCCUUCGCUACCAGCUGCAGCGUGGGGUUGUGGUCCUGGCCAAGAGUUUCAGUGAGAAGCGGAUCCAAGAGAACAUGCAGGUUUUUGAAUUCCAGUUGACUCCAGAGGACAUGAAAGUCUUAGAUGGCCUGAACAGAAAUGUUCGAUAUAUUACCUUUAAUAUAGGUACUACCCAUCCUAAUUAUCCAUUUUCUGAUGAAUAUUAAUAUGAAAGCCGUUAUACUAACUUCUCCCCGAAGUCCCUGUGCAUCGAUAUGGAUGUAAGAGAUGUCUCAAAUA